GAGUCGUCCAGCCGGAGCCCCGUGUGGCUGAGCUCCGGCCUCAGAAGCAUCCUUGGGUUCGCGCCGCCGGCGGGCAGCCGCAAGGGCCGCAGCCAUGAACGGCACGGAGGGCCCGAACUUCUACGUGCCUUUCUCCAACAAGACGGGCGUGGUGCGCAGCCCCUUUGAGGCCCCACAGUACUACCUGGCCGAGCCGUGGCAGUUCUCCAUGCUGGCCGCCUACAUGUUCAUGCUGAUCGUGCUCGGCUUCCCCAUCAACUUCCUCACGCUCUACGUCACGGUCCAGCACAAGAAGCUGCGCACGCCCCUCAACUACAUCCUGCUGAACCUGGCCGUGGCCGACCUCUUCAUGGUCUUCGGGGGCUUCACCACGACCCUCUACACCUCUCUGCACGGAUACUUCAUCUUCGGGCCCACGGGCUGCAACCUGGAAGGCUUCUUUGCCACCCUGGGCGGUGAAAUCGCCCUGUGGUCCUUGGUGGUCCUGGCCAUCGAGCGGUACGUGGUGGUGUGCAAGCCCAUGAGCAACUUCCGCUUCGGGGAGAACCACGCCAUCAUGGGCGUUGCCUUCACCUGGGUCAUGGCCCUGGCCUGCGCUGCGCCCCCCCUUGUCGGCUGGUCCAGGUACAUCCCGGAAGGCAUGCAGUGCUCAUGUGGGAUUGACUACUACACGCUCAAGCCGGAGGUCAACAAUGAGUCGUUCGUCAUCUACAUGUUCGUGGUCCACUUCACCAUCCCCCUGAUCAUCAUAUUCUUCUGCUAUGGGCAGCUGGUGUUCACCGUCAAGGAGGCGGCUGCCCAGCAACAGGAGUCGGCUACCACUCAGAAGGCCGAGAAGGAGGUCACCCGCAUGGUUAUCAUCAUGGUUAUCGCUUUCCUGAUCUGCUGGGUGCCCUACGCUGGGGUGGCGUUCUACAUCUUCACCCAUCAGGGCUCUGACUUCGGCCCCAUCUUCAUGACCCUCCCGGCUUUCUUUGCCAAGUCUGCCGCCGUCUACAACCCCGUCAUCUACAUCAUGAUGAACAAGCAGUUCCGGAACUGCAUGCUCACCACCCUCUGCUGUGGCAAGAACCCACUGGGUGACGACGAGGCCUCCACCACUGUCUCCAAGACAGAGACCAGCCAGGUGGCGCCUGCCUAAGCCCCUCCAGGGACUCCAUGGCCCGCCGCAGGAGCCCCCAGCCCCCACCCCCACCCCAGCCUCAGCAGCUCCAUCAGGAGCCGCGCCUAUCGGAACCAGCUCUCACAGGCUCCUUGAGUGUAAACACAAAAACCAACCAACCAAAUGCAAAAGAAUCAAUGAGAGAAACAGGAGGCGCCUCACUUAGCAGGGGCGGCCCGAUCAGGAGUCCUGAUUUCCCGGGGGCCCGCUGUAGCUCCGCUCCCCCCAGCUCAUCUCUCAGCUACACAAGAACUCUUGCUCUGGAAAAGUGUCCCAGCUUAGGGAUAAGUGCGUAGCGCACGACGGGGCACGCCGUAGGUGCUUAUUAAUAAAUGCUAGGUGGAGGAAGGAAGGAAUGAAUGGAGACGUGAAUGGAGAGAAGAACGGGUCGGGAGGGCACAGCCAUCCUCUCACAACGUGUUAGCAGCAGCAGCAGCUCGCCCUUGGCUGAUGACCUUGAGCAGCUGUUUUGUCCUUGGGCCUCACUUUCUUCCCCCAUACAAUGGGAAUUCCAAAUCUCUCCUCACACAGCUGCUGGGAAGAUCAAAUGAGAUUGUGUGUGUGUGUGUGUGUGUGUGUGUGUGUGCGCCUGCAUUCGUGUGUGUGAGCUCUUUGUAAAUAGUAAGGAGCUGGACAAACUGUAGUUAACAUUAUAAAUAAUAUCAAUUAAUAUAAGUAAUUUAUUCCUAUGAUCAUCUCCUCUUGAUAGCGACCAUUUUGAGAUUGGGCAAGGCCCUGAGCAUCCAGCCUCAUCAGGCUUAUAAACAUUAGACAGACGGCAAGGCCGGACCAGGGCCGGGUGGUGGACCACAGGGAGGGACAGUCAAGGAAAUGCAGAAUACAGUCAUCAGGCCUGAAAAAAAAACAACAUCAGAGGACCAGAGUCUGGGGCCAGUACAUAGCCCCCAUGAUGCGGGCCAUUCCCUUCCAACGCAACCCACAGAGAGACAGGUCUUGCUCUCAGCUUCUGAAAAACCACUAGCUCUCCUGCCCAGCACCCAGGCUGCAGCAUCUCUGGGCCCAUAUGGAGCUUCUAGAAGCUAUGUUCACCUGCCCACAUUUAACAAAGAGCUGGGUCCCCAACCUCACCUUUGUCUCAAAAAGAGCUUAAAAACAAAAGCAUGGGAAAUCCAGCUGGACCCACCUUCCCCCGGAGAAGUUCACAGGUCACAGAUCUUAGCUCCCUUGCUGGGCAAGCCUUCAGCGGCUCCAAUCCAUUCUCCCCCUCCGGAGAGUCCUUGCUGCUUCGAGGCUGGCUGGGACUCUGGGACAUCAGAAUUGAGCCGCCUCAUAAAUGCCCCUCCUCCACUACAUAACCAAAGCGGGAAGCUCUACCUCUCCCCAGCUCUGCCUGGAGACAAGGCAAAUUGGGGCAUUAAAAGCU